AUGAUGAUGACGUGCCGUCUGCUGUGCGCCCUGUUGGUGCUCGCCCUGUGCUGCCGCCUGUCAGUGUACGCGACACCGUCUGAUGAAGAUAAAGCUGGUAAUUCUGGAGGAAACUCCGAUCCAACGAAGUCUAAUUUAGGAGGGCCAAAUCAGGUGACGCAAUUGCCUAAUACAACUCCUCUUCCGCCAAAGGUAAGUGAGGGAGGGAAAGUAACAGCAGAGUCACAAAGUGAUCUCAGCCAGGCACAGGAUCAGGAAAAAGAUGAGAAAUCCACUAACGAAGAGGUGGAUGGUGAUGAAACCGAUAACGCAAAUGACCAAAAUCAAAAAACAAAUGCAAUAAAUGCGACAACCACUACGACAACUACGAAAACCACAACGACCACUACAACACAGGCACCAAGCACUACGACGACCACGACCACCACUGCGCCGGAGGCACCAAGUACUACGUCUACAGAAGCAGCAACUACGACGACCACCCGCGCACCGUCACGUCUUCGAGAAAUCGACGGCAGCCUCAGCAGCUCUGCGUGGGUGUGUGCCCCGCUGCUGCUUGCCGUAUCCGCGCUGGCGUACACCGCUGUGGGCUAA